AUGCUUGAUGCAUUUUAAAUGUGCACGAUACAUUUUUGCUGUCGUUUUUACGCCGCCUACGCUCAGGCGAGGCAGGGAAGGCGUUGAUUUAAUAUUACAGCGUCAGCCAUUGCUAGGUAGCUAACAAAUGUUAGCUUAGCCACUGGGAGGGGGAGCUGCUCACAACGACGGCCAUCACGAUCGGCUUCAUCGUCCAGAUAGACUCCUCAUAUAGACUGCAGUUCUUUUGUCGUUUUCCUAGUAGUAGGCAUAUCGCUUGUACCUAUGUGUUGCGUGCAGCUAAUGUGUCAGAGAUGUCCAGUUUUAAUACUAGAUGAGUGAGGUGGGUGUGGCUUCCCACCAGCCCGACCAUCCUGAUUGACGGAUCUCUGGAUGACCUUGUCCCCACCCCUGUCCCUGCGCUCACUUACACCAUGUCACACCUGCCCAGCAGCUCAGUCCGCGACCAUAUGAAAUGGGCAGGGCUGCUUGGCUGUGAAGCUGUCCUUUCCAGUAUGGCCCUGAUGCAAGCGAGCACCAUGGCUGCUCCGCCCAAAAAAAUGAUGGCUCCCCUCGGCCAUGCACCACCACCACCACCACCCCCAACACAGAGAGAAGGACCAGAUCGUCCUCCCCAGAGCCAUAUGAUCCUCCCAUCUGGGAUGAGCUGUCCACCACUGCUCAUCCGGAAGGAAGGUGAAUUUCAAGCGCCGCGUUUGCUGGAUGAGAAGGAGAUGAGGGCCAAUGAGGACCUGCAGCAGAAAAAAAAGAACAGGAAGUCUGUAACGCCCUGUAAAGUGAGAGAGCAAGAAGGAAGGGGAGGAAAGGGCACAGGUACAGAUGAGAAUGGGCCAUCAUCCAAAGUUCAAAAAAACUUUAUAUGUGAUCACUGUUACGGAGCAUUUCGGAGUGGAUAUCACCUUAAGAGACACAUCCUCAUUCAUACAGGGGAGAAGCCGUAUGCUUGUGCCGUAUGUGACAUGAGGUUUAUUCAGCGUUACCACCUGGAGAGACACAGCCUCAUUCACACGGGGGUGAAGCCGUUCGCUUGUUCCAUAUGUGACAUGAGAUUUUUCCAGCGUUACCACCUGGAGAGACACAGACUCACUCAUACGGGGGUGAAGCCGUACGCUUGCUCCAUGUGUGACAUGAGGUUCUUCCAACGUUAUCAUCUGGCAAGACACAGCCUCACUCAUACUGGGGUAAAACCAUAUGCUUGCUCCAUGUGUGACAUGAGAUUUUUCCAACGAUACCACUUGGCAAGACACAGCCUCACUCACACGGGGGUGAAGCCAUAUGCUUGCUCCAUGUGUGACAUGAGAUUUUUCCAGAGAUACCACCUGGCAAGACACACUCUCAUCCAUACUGGGGUGAAGCCAUACGCUUGCUCCAUGUGUGACAUGAGGUUCUUCCAGCGUUACCAUUUGGCAAGACACAGCCUCACUCAUACUGGGGUGAAGCCAUAUGCUUGUACUAUGUGUGACAUGAGGUUUAUACAACGUUACCAACUGGAGAGACAUAGUCUCACUCACACGGGGGUGAAGCCGUACGCUUGCACCAUGUGUGACAAGAGGUUUUUUCAGCGCUACCACCUGGCGAGACACAGCCUGACUCAUAUGGGUGUGAAACCUUAUGCUUGCACCAUGUGUGACAUGAAGUUUUUUCAGCGUUACCACCUGGCGAGACACAGCCUCACUCAUACGGGUGUGAAACCUUAUGCUUGCAACAUGUGUGACAAGAGGUUUUUUCAGCGCUACCACCUGGCAAGACACAGCCUCACUCAUAUGGGUGUGAAACCUUAUGCUUGUACCAUGUGUGACAUGAGGUUUAUUCAGCGUUACCACCUGGCAAGACACAGCCUCACUCAUACGGGUGUGAAACCUUAUGCUUGCACCAUGUGUGACAAGAGGUUUUUUCAACGCUACCACCUGGCGAGACACAGCCUCACUCAUAUGGGUGUGAAACCUUUUGCUUGUACCAUGUGUGAGAUGAGGUUUGCCCAGCGUUACCACCUGGCGAGACACAGCCUCACUCAUACGGUUGUUCAGUGGAACUGGUAUGACGUCCAAAGACGGGUGAAGCCGUAUGCUUGUUCCAUGUGUGACAUGAGGUUUAUUCAGCGUAACCACCUGGAGAGACACAGCCUCACUCAUACGGGAGAGAAGCCAUUCGCUUGCGACAUGUGUGAUAUGAGGUUUAUUCAGCGAUACCACCUUGAAAGACACAAGCGUGUUCAUAGCGGGGAGAAGCCUUACCAGUGUGAACGCUGCCAGCAAAACUUUUCACGGACAGAUCGGCUGUUGAGACAUCGGCGGUUGUGCCAGGGUCGCAGUGUAGCCAAGGUAGAGAACCAGCCAUGCUGCGAACCACGCCCGUAUCCCCAAGAACCCCCACCUCCACCCCCAACUUGGAGUCCACUGCAUCCCCCUCCAGGUCGGCUGGCUGUCUGACAUUCCAUACUGCCUACAUCCACAGCAUCACCAGAGGCAGAGCGAGCCACAGGGUUUCUUCUUCUCAGCUCAGUGCUGGGUGGUGCCACACUUGAGCACACAGUGAUCCCACAGGUCCAGAAUUGGGAUUACCAACUGCAUAGGGACAUUUGAUUACUUUUGUUUUUAAUGAGACUUUUCUGUGAUGAACAGUGGUCUCGUUUUAAGUGCAACUUUUUUUGGGGGGUGGGGGCGUAUAUUGAUCAAAUGUCUGCUUUUGGUGAUGCUCUGGAAAGGCAGUGUGUGUUCCUUAUCCCAACGGGGAAAAAAAUGGGAUGAAGUGAUGAAGGCAGUUACUUGAUAUUGCUCAUCCCCACUAUUUUGGCCAUUUUGACUCAAAAGGACGGGCAAAUUAACUGCAUGAGCUUGACAGUCUACACAGGUUAAGUAUUUUGUUCACAUCUCACGGAGAACAUCUGUUACAUUCCGUCACAGCUGAGAUUGUGGGUGAUAGGGGAGGUGACAGAUUUUAAUCUCCAUCACCAACUCUGAACCAUCAUCUAAUCUGACUAUGAUUUGUACAUCGGGAGUUCCCAGACUUCAUCAGAUGGUGAGGUACUGUUUCAUGACUACAUUGUGUAAAUAAUUAAAAAAAAAAAUUAUUUCAUUAUGGAGGUUGUGGAAUUUUUUUUUAAAUGCACAAAAUGGUCCAAAAUGAGACUGAAACAUAAAAGUUGGUUCAGAUACUGUUACAGCCAUGGCUGCAGGAGGAUAUUUGAGGAAAAAGGUGUACAGUAUGUAACUGUGACACGGUGCAGACUCAUGAGGAAGCGGCACUAGGAUGACGGUCGUUGCAAGAAUUUUCAACUGUACAUAUUGGAAGGCUGCAGUAUUACAGCAGCUGGCCACCUCUCCCAACUCUGUCCAUACAUCUUGGUCUAAAAUAGUGCAGGUUAGCCACACGAGCAAGUCCCAUUAUGUCGUUUGUACACACUCUGAGAUAGUGGGAGUAUACAAAUCUUGUGGCCUUAGUGUUUUUUUGUUUGUUUGUUUUUUUUUUUGUUUGUUUUUUUGGCCUUUUUAUUAUUAACUGUUUGUUGUUGUGGAUCAAAUGUAUUUACUAAGACAAGACAGCCUUUUGUAAUCGUGCGUUACUCACUGAAGCUGUGGAACGUUGACUACAGGCGCUAAAUUAGGACAAGGUUGUCUAGUGGAGAGGUUGGCUUUAGAUCAUAAUGAAUAUUUUCAGUCAUUGUUGCUCAUUACAGUCUAAUGCAAGAUGUAAUCAUUAAGGUACCCCUGGAGUAGUUAGUAGUCCUCUGUUGUGUCCCACUGCAGUGCUUGGGUCAGUCACAGGCCUUAGCUGAGGUAACACUUUGACACUGCUACACACUAACAACUGCCUUCUUAUCCAAAUAUGUGGUUGGUGUGUGUGUGUGUGUGUGUGUAUUGGAUUUCUGUCAUGUCAUUUGGUUUAGCCUUAAAACACAAAUAAUCAUUGUAGUACUAAUUGAUACUGUAAAGAACAAUAUUUUGUACUUUUGAGAAAACUGAUGAUUGUACUGUGUGAAAUUGUCAGACAGCAGAGAGCCAGUUGAUCAGGGCCACUUUGACUGUGCAAGAAUUUCUCAAACUUGAUCCUUUUCUGUAAUUAACUAGUCAGCUAGUGUUUUCGUUCUCCUAACUGGACUUUCAACAAGAAAUGUCAGAGCUGGAGUGUUGGUUAUGUCGACAAAGCAAGUCACAAAUCCUGGUCUAAACCAGCAGAGGUCUGAAUGUAGGCACAGGGCAACUAAAACAUGUUUAGUGGAAGGUUUCUAUCCCUAAAACAUCAUACUUUACAGUAACCUACCACCAGUUCUCAUGAAUAUUAGCAGGUCCAAACCUUUCACUUCAUUUUUAUUCAUGUUUGAUCUUUUAGCGUGCAGAGAGUCAAACCCACCAGCGGUGUUCUCUAUGAGCUACGGCCUCUGUGGGUGACCAGAUUGAGUGUGUUGAGACUAAUUCACAGACCAAGUCAUUGGGAGUUUGGUCUAUCGAAGGAAAUGGUUCUUUUCUCCUUUGAUUCAGCAGCUAUUGUCAACAUAAAUAUGUCUGAGUUAAUUGUUUUGAUGCACAAAUGUGGCAUAUUAAAGCUGGUUUUAAAAAAAAAUGCUUUAUUUAUAUCAAGGCUAAAUUUUCUGAGUUAGCGUGCAUAGAGAGGGAAUGCCGAGAUUCAGUUUCAAUGUAAUUCAAGUCAAAAGGCCAAAUUUGAGAAAUUCUGUUUUGCUCUAGAAAUGCUUCCAUAUUUAUGGAAUACUGCUGGUAUGAGCACAUAGUAUGAAUAAAAUUGCUAAAGGGCAAUAUGUUAUAUAUAGUUCACUUGUUAAAUACCUUUAUCAUUUGUUUUAGUAUUAUCAAACUCAUUGUUAAAAUGCAAUAGCGUCCUUGAGUGUCAGAUGAUAUUUAAUAUUUCAGCCUGUUUCAAGGAUUUAUUUGAGCAUUUUUCAUGUUUUGCUCUUUAUUUCAAGGACCUUUUUAUUUUUAUUCUGAUGAAAUUGUAAACACUGGAGUGAAAGAAAAAAGAAGAAACAAAAGAUGGCUAUUUUUUCCCCUUCAGACUGUACUAGAUUUUAAGUUUAGAUAAAGCCUGUUUCCUCGUGAGAGUAAGUGGACAGAAUGAUUUGGAUCAGUACAGUUGGGAGCCCAGUAUGUUAAGUCAUUCUAUAAAUUAGUGGCAGUAGUACCGAAAGAACGUUUUCUUAAAGUCCCUGGUAUUUGUAGUAAAUUAUAUUAAUAUGGUAUUAGAUGAACAACAGCAUAACAGUAGCUAUCACAGAUUAGUUGUUUUUUUGUUUUUUUUGUUUUGUUUUUUUGUUUUAUUAGUCUUGCAUGCAGAGUUAUGGUCCUCAGUUAAAAUAGGAUCUUGAUAUUGAUUAUUUUGUGUAGGGAAAAAACAAGUGCAUAAGAAUAACUUCUUAAAAAUGUUACAAUGAUUAUUGUAAAAUGGGCUAACAAAUAUGUACCCUUGUGAUCCAAUUAGUUUCAACUGUAAGAAAUUCAGAGGAGAGGCUUCUUACUAUUAUACUGAAAUAAAAGAAUUUGUAAAUGACUUUUA